AUGAUUGACAUUCAUAUAAACAAAUUAAAACUGAAAAAAAUGAUUAUCCGAAAUAAAACUCUAAUUAAAUUAUUUUUUCUCUUAAUUUUUUUUACAAUUAUUCUGUAUGUAAGCAAGUAUAAUUUUAAUAAUAGAUAUGAAUUUGUGAGAGGUAAAGACCUUUUAGAACAAGCAAUUCAAGCAGCUAAAUUGGGUGGAAUUCAAGUUGAAGCGAUCCAUAAUGAACAUUUGAUUAAUUCCCAAUCAAAAGGAAAAACUGUUGAAGGUGCAAAUGAUCCAGUCACUAACGCUGAUUAUACUUCUCAUUGUGCUAUGUAUUAUCAGUUGAAAAAAAAUAUACCGAACGUUAAAGUGAUAUCAGAGGAAGAAUUAUCCGAAAAAGAAUGCAAAAAGUUAAAUAUAAGAAAUCUAAAAAAUUAUGAUAACGAACAUAUAACAAAUAUUGAAGAAGAAUUUGAGAGAAAAUAUAUAACCAUAUGGAUAGAUCCAUUAGAUGCAACACAAGAAUUCACCGAAAGCUUGACACAAUAUGUAACAACUAUGGUCUGUGUUGCUUAUAAAGGUAAACCUAUUAUGGGUGUUAUACACGAGCCGUUUUCGUCUAAAACAACAUGGGCUUGGUUAUCAAGAUCAAGAUCAAAUAAUUUCAACAAUAUUAAAGUUCCUAAGAAAAGAUCAAUUAUUAUUUCAAGAUCACACAAAGGUGAUGUAAUGGGUCUAUUAAAUCAACGGUUAUAUGGUUUACCAGUUGUAACAGCCGGAGGUGCAGGAUUCAAAGUAUUACAGGUCUUGUUUGGAAAUUCGUCAGCUUAUAUACAUACAACCAACAUAAAAAAAUGGGAUAUAUGUGCUGGACAUGCUAUACUCAAAAGUAUAGGAGGUGAUAUGACAUCGUUGGAAAAUGAAGAUAUUACAUAUGAAAAGUAUACAAGUAUGAUGCAUGUUGGAGGUAUAUUAGCUACUGCACGUGAUCAUUUGUACUAUAUAAAUGCUCUAAAAAAUGGAAGAAGUGAUUAA